UUAAUUUCCCUCUUUUCGGGAAGGACCUUCGAUUACGUGUGUCGGGAACUCCCGAAGGUGCCGCAUUCAGUACCAGUUUUAGUUGUCGGAAACUUUCGUGACGCUGUUACUGAGGUCCGUACUUUCAUCAGACGGAUGUUGAAGGUACGGCAGUCAUCGUGUGCACCAAUACGGUAUUGCGAGACCUCUAUGAAAAAUGGAUUUGGGCUGAUGUACAUACACCGUUUUCUCAACAUUCCAUUCCUCCAUCUGCAAUACACUUACCUUCUUCAGGCACUAGCUGCCAACCGUCAGGCCUUUUCGGACAUCAGUCAACAACUGGACAUGGCCGAGGAGAAUCGGGAGUCGAUUUGCUCCUACGAGAAGUACAUCUAUUCUUGA